AACCUAAACUUUUUAAUGAACAAGGAAAAGUCAGAAACUAAAGUCAUGAAACAUCCUCCUUGGAAGGAUGUUGGUAUAACAGAUCCUCGAACACGUUUAAAGUCUCUUUCUGAUCAUGCUUCCAAUGUAGAAAUAGACCGUAACAUUCGACCACACAGGUAUUAUCGUUCUGGUGUAGAGAUGAUUAGAAUGGCAGACAUGUACAUGAAAGAAAAUGGUCUUGAAUAUGCAUACUUUUUGUAUGUUAAAUUCAUAACGAUUUUUGUUGAGAAAAUAAGAAGUCAUCCACAACAUCAUACAGUACCAAUAAAAGACAAGGAACAGAAUCAAGAAACUUUACGUAAAGUAAUUCCUAAAGCUGAAGAGCUAAAGAAACAAUUAUUAGAGCAAUACCAAGUAGAAUUAAAUAAAUACUUAGCAGAUGUAAAGGAAAGAGAAAGAAUUGAGAAAGAAAGAUUAAAACAAGAGGAACUGGAAAAGUUGAAAGAAGAGGAGGAAAGAAAGAACAAACAAGCUGCAUUGGCAGCUGUUAAAGCAGCAAAAGCUGCUAUGAGUACAAUUCUAUCAUCUCCUGAAGAAAAUAAACUUAAAGUAGUUCCUAGUCUACCAAAAUCAUUAAGUCUCGAUAAAGCAGCAGUUAGUGCUGAUAUAUCCAAGGGAAAAAAAAUGCCUACUAUAGAUCGUUCAACAAAGCCUUCGAUGCUUAUGAGCGAUAGUUUUACUUUACGUGAUGUCGUGUUGCCAACUAAAUUAAUGCGUAAUUUUCUCUUGUUGGCUUUCGCUAAUACCGCAAAUAAUAAGGAAACCUGUGGUAUUCUAGCAGGCAAAUUAGAACGAAAUAAAUUAGUAGUUACGCAUUUAUUAAUUCCUGAACAAACUGGGUCUCCAGAUUCCUGUCUAACACAUAACGAAGAAGAUAUAUUCGAUUACCAGGAUCAACAUAACUUAAUAACUCUUGGUUGGAUACACACGCAUCCAACGCAGACUGCAUUUCUGUCUAGUGUUGAUCUUCAUACACAUUGUUCAUAUCAACUUAUGAUGGCAGAAGCAAUAGCCAUUGUUUGUGCACCAAAAUAUGACGAGACAGGACUUUUUAUUUUAACUCCAGAAUAUGGAUUAGAUUUUAUUGCUAAUUGUAGAGAAACAGGGUUUCAUCCCCACCCGACUGAACCACCGUUGUACACGAAAGCAAAGCACUGUAAAUUAGAUGUAAAUGCAGCCUUAGAAGUAGUGGACUUAAGAAGAAAAUGACAUCUUUCGGAAACAUGCAUAUACAUAUGUGUAUACAUACAUAUGUAUACCUUGAACAGGAAAUUGUACAUGUAACUGUGCAAUGCAAAAAAUUAAGCGAAAACAGUAAAAGAUUACAAAUACUUUUGCUUAAAUAUCACGUGAAUGCAAAAAAGUAAAUGUAAUUUAACAUUUCUGAAGUGUUCAAUAUUUUUCUGACAGAGCAUUUAAACAAUUAGCUGCAUUUCUAACUAGAACUGUGUGUUUAAAAUUAUAUCAAUAUAAUGAUUUCAUAGAAAAAAGUUUGUUAAUUACAAAUAAAACUAUUCAGUAUUUAAAUAUAUCUAGUAAUUAUCGUAAAUUUCUUAUCGAUUCAGUUAAUACGCUACACCUCGAGAUAGAAAAUAAAGAUACAAGUUCAAUCAAAAAAUUUGUAUAAAUGUGGUGGAGUGUAAAAUCUGUCUAUACAUUUACGUGCCUUUCAUGAAGAAAGAUAAUAGUGUUCAUAACGUCAUGCUGAUUACAUGAAGUAUGUCCAAUCAACGAUUGUAGACACUGCACAUUCAUUCAAUAAGACCGUUUCAUUACGUAAAAUCGUAAUUAAGGAAUCAAUAAAUGCAUUGACCUAUUAUGCUAGUCAUAACUUAAUAAACAAAGCUUUUUGUGAAAUUGAUUGAUAUUCCAGAAUUAGUGUAUCAACUUAUGUGAUGCUUUGUUGUGUCUUCUUUUCAGUAUAAUGCUGUACUUUCAAAUUGUACGGUACAAUUAGAUGCUGUGUGUUAAUACCCAUGUAAAAGGUUUUUACCAGUAGGUACCUGAUGCAGCUUUUGUAGAUUUAGAAAUUCAUUCAAGCGCGUUCCUUUACAGGAUCAUGUUUGUCUUAAAUGUGCAAUAUUUUGUAUGUGUGUUCUUAAAAUCUUAAUAGUAACUUUCUACGAUUUAAUAUGUAAUAAUCAGCUUUCGUUGUAAUUAAAAACAUUUUAAAUAUUAAA